AUGGGACCACAAGAAGAGACUACUAUAUCCUCUACCUCCCAGGACUUGACUGAGUGUGUUGAUGAUGAUCAUAUACCUGCCUCCGGUAGCCACCACAAUACUGAUGGGGACAAUCCGGCGGUGGAUGUUUUCCGGGGAUCAAGAACCAGAGUCGGUGCUCGAGAACGACAUGUUGGGCAAGGAUUCUGGGCUUUUGUAGAAGACAAAAAUCUCACUGACCAAUUGUCAAUCCCUCGGUAUCUUUUCUACAACGAGCCAGAAGGUGAACCAUUUAUGCCACCGUCAUAUAUCUCGUCUUUUGCCCUGGCGAAACUCCUUACCCGGCUUCCAACCAAGCCAGUUUGCGAUGCCUUGCUGCAGGCUUUUCUCGUGAGGGUAUAUCCUAUAUACCCCUUGAUAAAUCCUCCAACAUUCAUACCUCAGUAUCAGCUAUUCUGGCAGUUAUUGUCCAGUGGUAACUCCGAGUUCCUUGCUUGUCCCAAACUGCUCGAAGAUCCCACCUAUGUCUGUGUUAUUUGGGCCAUUAUGUUCGCCGGUUCAUCGGCCCUUUCCUUUGCAGAAUGGAAUUCAGCCCCGUUCAAUGAUUUAGAUCAGCUACAGACCAUCGACCAGUUGCAGCUUGCUUGCUCUGAGAGCCUGAUUGCAUGCCGACAUACAGAUCACCCAACCCUCAAUUCUUUGACGGCCUCGAUAAUAGCCUACCAUUUUGACGUGAAGAAAGGACUCAGCAGUAGUCUUUUUGUCACGACUACCCAGCGUCUAGCCCAUAGUAUGGGGCUUCAUCUUGAUGCCUCAGAUCCUCAGCUUAAUUCAAGCUCGGCGGAGCAUAACCGGCGUAUUUGGUGGCAUAUAGUCUGGCUGGAUUUACAAACAAGCGUUGCUACCGGUUUGCCAACGUGUUGCAGCGAGACUAUGAUCGAGACUUCUAGGAUGAUAUCAGAUUUAAGAUACACUUCUAGCAACCUCGAAUCAAUGACCUCCUGCGAAAUUACAUCGUCUGAGGAAUUCGCAUCCGAAAUCUCAAUGAUAAUGAUACACGCAAUUGGCAAAUUUCGAACAGCAAAGCUCCAACACCAGAUGAUCGGCCUUUUCCAAAGAUCAGGGGAAAUACAGGCCAGAGAUAUCAGGAACUUGGUCAAGUCCAUGAAGGAAUCGCAUAUUCUCAUCGACGAGCUGAUUGCCAAGAUACCCGUACAUGGAAUCCCCGAGAAAGGCAUGAUCCCAUCUUGUAUGACGAAUGUGUCGCCAGCUGCAAGCCCAGAUCUCUACGAAGACCGUGCGAGCGAGCCUACCGUAUGGAGCACCUGUGCCAGGAUCGCGUUAUCCUUGUACAAGCUGGAAUCAGUAAUAAUGCUGCAACAUGCCUUACUUCCAGACCUGGAUUCAAUGUUGGUGCCUCAUUCCGCCUGGAAUCGCAUUAUUCGACUUUGUCUCGCUUACAUGCGGUGCUACUUGCAACUCUGCCAAGUACCGGCCUUCAAUCCGUACUCAUGGUUUUGGUCAUCUUAUUCCGGUCCACGUCGAUGCACUUUUUUAAUACUGCAUUUCCUUAUAAAUUCCCAUUCUGAGCAUAGAGAUAGGCAAGAAAUGCUGUUCUAUGUUGAUGAGUUUAUCACAUAUUGGGGCUCCGUCUCUAUUCUGAUACCAAUACAGUGUGAAUCAGCCCUACCGCCAAUGAACAUGUUGGCCAAGAUGCGACAACAGCUUGAACAGGAAAACAACUGCAAUUUUGAUCAAAAUGUCUCAAUUAAUGGCAGUAUGUCUGAGAGGCGAAAUGCCCCACGAGAUAUAGAUUAUCUGGAAGAUCUGUUUGAUAGCGAAUACUGGGCUUCCCUCGCAUAG